AUGGUACCUGAGACCGAUGUUCUUCCCAUUUUGCAUGGAUUCCUUGAUAGUUCCACUGGAUUAGGAACCAGAAGCGAUGGAGACCUUUUCAACCUCAGGCACCUGAAAGCAAAAAGCAAGACAAAGGAACAACUGAUUCAAGAGCUGCUCUUUGCAGAUGGUUCGGCGUUUGUAACUCACAGUCUUCAGGCAAUGCAAGAUCUACUGACAGCCUUUGCAGAAACAUCAAAGAGAUUCGGACUAACAAUCAAUAUCAAGAAAACUGAAGUCCUAAUCCAAGACACCCGAAACACAAAACUGAAUCCUCGAGCAGUGCUUCUGAAUGGUACCCCACUGGCAGAGGUAGACAAGUUCACUUACCUGGGUAGUACCAUCUCCAACAACGGGAGUAUAGAUGCGGAAAUAUCAAAAAGAAUCCUAUCCGCAGCAUCAGCUUUUGGAAAAUUGAGAGGCCGUCUGUGGGACCAGAGAGGAAUCCAUCUGAAAACCAAGAUGAAAGUCUAUAGAGCCAUCGUAAUAUCAACACUUCUGUAUAGCUCUGAAACUUGGACCUUAUACAGACGCCACAUUAAGAGACUUGAUAAAGUACAGCAGAGACAUCUCUGCCAACUAAUGAAUAUCUCGUAG